AGGUCCCUAGAAGGCAAGCUCCGCAUUGGUCUAGCGGAGCAGUCAGUGCUUCAAGCACUGGCACUAGCCACGGCCACCACGCCGCCUGCACCCGGCGGCGCGACUGUGUUAGACGCCUCGCGCGGCCUGCCGUCCGACGAGUUCAAGGCACGUGUAGACGCGCACGCUUUAACAAUCAAGAGCACAUACUGCGCGUGCCCGAACUACGACGCGCUCAUCCCGGCGCUACUGCAGUAUGGAGUAGCAGCCCUGCCCGAGCACUGCAAGCUGACGCCCGGCGUGCCGCUCAAACCCAUGCUGGCGCAUCCGACGCGCGGCGUGCACGAGAUAUUCAACAGAUUCGAGAACGAGCAAUUCACGUGCGAAUGGAAGUACGACGGCGAGCGCGCACAAAUACACGUGCCCGCGAAUGAAGACGGCACCGCGCCCGACUUGGCGCGAGCCGCCAUCUUCAGCCGCAACCAGGAGGACAACACCAGUAAAUACCCGGACAUCCUGCGGCGGCUGCCGGGCUUAUUACGUGAGAAUGUGACCAGCUGCGUGCUGGACUGCGAGGCCGUCGCCUACGACGUCGCCGCCAAGAAGAUCCUGCCUUUCCAGGUGCUGUCGACGCGCAAACGCAAGGACGCGCGCGAGGAGGACAUCCAGGUGCAGGUGUGCGUGUUCGCCUUCGACCUGCUGCUGCUCAACGGCCGCUCGCUCGUGGCCGCGCCGCUCGCCGAGCGCAGGAGCUUGCUGCGCGAACAUUGCCGCGAGGUCGAAGGCGAGUGGCACUUCGCGACGUCCAAAGACUGCAGCACCAUGGAGGAAGUACAGCAGUUCCUGGACGAAGCUGUAGCCAACUCCUGCGAGGGACUCAUGGUCAAGACGCUGACGGGUGACCACGCGCGGUAUGACAUCGCGCGACGCUCGCACAACUGGCUCAAGCUGAAGAAAGACUACUUAGAAGGCGUGGGCGACACUCUAGACGUGGUCGUGAUCGGCGGCUACCGCGGGCGCGGCAAACGAGCCGGCGCCUUCGGCGGCUUCCUGCUGGCCUGCUACGAGCCCGAGCAGGAGGUCUACCAGGCGCUAUGCAAGAUCGGCACCGGCUUCAGCGACGAGGAUCUCCAGACUCUUAGUAAAGAGCUCGAGCAACAUGUCAUUGAGGCACCCAGGAACUAUUACAGCUACGACCGCAGCCACGAGCCGGACGCGUGGUUCGCGGCGGCGCUGGUGUGGGAGGUGCGCUGCGCCGACCUGUCGCUGUCGCCCGCGCACCGCGCCGCCAUCGGGCUCGUCGACCACGACAAGGGCAUCUCGCUGCGCUUCCCCAGGUUCGUGCGCGUGCGCACAGACAAGACUCCGGAGCAGGCGACGUCGGCGCAGCAGGUCGCCGCCAUGUACCUGGCGCAAGACCAGAUCAAGAACCAGGCCGCCAAGCCCGCCAACCUCGACGACUUCUACUGAGAGAAGGCAGGCAGUAUGAUGAGAACACGGUUAUGUAUUUAUUCUAUUUUUUUUUCUCUGGCUAAGCCAACAUAAAUAAUAUAUUUUUUAUAUUUUGUCACUGGGGAUGUGAGACGCGAUAUGUACGUAUGUAUUGUUCAAAUUGAGGUGGCACACAACAGAAAAUGUCGCGCCUGCAUCGAGCAGCAGAAAUAGUAAAUCUUGCUGCUGCAAUGGAUUUUAUUUUUAUAACUGUACUUACAUCAAGUUUUUGUCAAAUGAUAAGCUGUAUUAUAAUUAAGUGGUCUCGAAUAACGUACGCGUAUGUUAUAUUGAUACGUGUAAACUGAUUCCGAUUCUAUGAUACUAUUUAUAAUAAUAAAUGUUAGUAAUGUUCACAAUGUUUUAUUGAUAUUCUUAAGACUACUUACAUUUAGAUCAUGAGUCGUUUGUGAAGCGUUUCGCAGGAAAUGAAUAAGGAAUAUUUUGCAUUCACAAUAUAAUAUUAUAAUUAAAGGGUUACGAUUAUUUUGAUCUAUUACGUUAUACACUUGAUAUGGUCCAUAAUAAGACUACGUUAUUAGGUGUUUAUAAACAUUCAUAUUUUUAUAUCAGUAGAAGGUAAACUUUACUACUAAGUCUAAAUUGUAAACCUACAGUAAGCUCUCCUUGUGACGAUUUAGAAAAUAAAAUAUUCAAAAUUAAAGCUUUUGAAGAAGAAUAGCUAACUUAUCCCAAUAAAUUAUAAUAUUAAUCACAUGUCAAGAUUUUAAAAAUACCGGAAAAUAUAAGUUAUUUAUGUGUACGGGACGAAAUAGAAACACAACCCCGUUUGUUCUCCCCGCGUAUAAAGAAAGCUGUCAUGUAAUCAUGCCUACAUUUUUUCCUCAAUGGUGUACACAAAAACCAUGCUCUGAAUAAUUUCAGGUGACCACUUUGAUACCGAAGUACGGUUUAGAAAAUAGGACUCAUUAUUGUAGAAUACAAUAACACACUCAGUUUGCUGUAGGCCGUAUAUCGCUGUAAAAUUAAUUGUACUUACUUAAAUUAUUGUACUUAUACAAUUAAAAAUAUUAAUGCUCGACGCCACUUU